AUGAAAUGUUUUCCACAGAAAUCAGAUCUUGUUACACAUCAGAGAAGUCACACUGGUGAGGAGCCAUUUCCAUGUUCUGAGUGUGGGAAAUGUUUUGCAUCGAAAUCAAAUCUUGUUACACAUCAGAGAAGUCACACAGGUGAGAAGCCGUAUUCCUGUUCUAACUGUUGGAAAUGUUUUAGACAGAAAUCAGAUCUUGUUACACAUCAGAGAAGUCACACAGGUGAGAAGCCGUAUUCCUGUUCUGAGUGUAUGAAAUGUUUUCCACAGAAAUCAGAUCUUGUUACACAUCAGAGAAGUCACACUGGUGAGGAGCCAUUUCCAUGUUCUGAGUGUGUGAAAUGUUUUAGACAGAAAUCAGGUCUUGUUACACAUCAGCGGUUUCACAGGUGAGAAGCCGUUUUCAUGCUGUGAGAGAAAUAAAUCCGCUCUUGUUGAACAUAUUAGACAUUACCCAAGCACGGAACCAUUUAAAUCUUCUGGAGUAUAAUUAUCACUGUCAUGCAAUGUUCCUCAAGGGUCAAUCCUAUCUCCUAUGCUUCAUGCAAUAUACAGUCUGGUCCAUAUAUAUUGGGACAUCAACACAAUUCUCAUAUUUUGGGCUCUAUACAC